ACAGCUGUUACUUUCAUUUCGCCCACUACAAGAUUCGUAAAUUGAUUUCCACAAAUAUUUAGCAAAAUUUACUUCACGGUUAAGAAAGUUAAUUGGAUUUGGCAAGAAAUGAAAUUUCGCUUCUGUGGGGAUGGCGACUGUCCCGACUGGGUGUUGGCGGAGAUUAUCUCUACGCUUUCUGUGCUGAGUGCCAAAGACUUGGAAUCACUGGCCGAGUUAGUUGCCAAGCGAAUUAUUGGCCAGCAAUUGGAGGAGAGUGUCGUUAAAUCGUUAACAGCUGACAUAUCUACCGAUGGGAAAUCCGCUGUCGCUUGUAUACAUUUUUUACUUAUCAAUGCGUCGCGUCAUGCCAUUAGCGAGUCAGUAUUUAGCGAGGAGAUUCAACAACUAGGUCUGCCAAAGGAGCAUGCUGCUUCAAUGUGUCGCGUGUUGGCCACUAAUGUUACAGCUAUACGUCAGCGCCUACGAGAGAAAGCAUUUAGAAUUAAUGAACUGUCAUCAGUGCGCUACAUUCCACCCUCGGCAGAUAGCCCUGCUAAUACUGUUGGUUGCGCGCAGUUUGAACUGAAAAUCUCACAGGAGCUAAUCGAUGGAUUGCCAGAGGACACCACACAUGUCUUGAACAUUGAGCACGCUAACGUGCAUGCAUUGCUCGAGGAGUUGAAAGAGGUGCGCACCACGUUGCAACAGUAUAGUUGGCGACAGCAGAACCAAAUGGAUGUCUAGAAGUGAAAUGAAUAUAUUGCGCGCAUUUAUUUACGAGGCAUUGAAUGCAGAAGCUCGUAAUUUAGUAUUCAUAGCUUUUAGAAAUAAGUUAAUUAUAAGAAUAAGUGUAUUAGUAAUUCACUAGAGUAGAGGUGUAAACAGAUAAAUUAUUAAAUUUUAUAGACAGUGAUAUUUAUAGGUUAAAAAAGUGCUUCUCAAGUAUGCAAUUAUCUACAAAGCCAGAAAAAUCUCAACCAACA